AUGGCAAAUGUUACGUACGAGUCGUUAUAUUUUUAUUGGUAUACGAUAGAUUCUAGUCAAGUUAAUCCGGAUUUAAAGAAAUCAUUUUUACAAUUUUACGUGGAUGAAGAAACGGAAGAAUUUGUUAAUCAAAGCGCAAAUAAAUCAUCAUGGAUAUUUACACAAGUCUGGCAUUGUUUGGUUACGGCAAUACUCAACAUUUUCAUGACGAGAACAUCAAUCAACGGGUGA